GCUCUAAUAAAAUAAUAAAAUCCCUAAAGAAAAAAAAAAGAAAAAUCCCUAAUUCUCUCUCUCUAGAUUUUUCCCUCUCUAAAAAAAUGGAACCUAACGAAAGUCACCACCAACAGCAGCAGCAGCAGCAGCAACGUCUCAGCUCUCCUUACUUCCAACACCACCUGCAACAACACCACCAUCCAUCCACUGUAGCAACCGUAAACGCCGUUCCAUCUUCCAACAAUGGGCUCUUUCCGCCGCCGCAGCAGCAGCAUCAACCCAACGACGGGUCCUCCUCUCACGCCGUGUAUAAUCCUCACUCAGUACCUUCCUCGGCAGCAGUAACGGAGCCGUUAAAGAGGAAACGAGGUCGUCCGAGGAAGUACGUGACGCCGGAGCAAGCCCUAGAGGCUAAGAAGAUGGCGUCUGCAGCGAGCAGCUCGUCUGCUAAGGAGAGGAGAGAGCAAGCAGCUGCAGCCGGAGGUACUACGACGACCACAUCGUCUAAUCCCGGGUCAUCGAAAAAAUCUCAGCUUGGUUCCGUCGGGAGAACUGGGCAAAGCUUUACUCCACAUAUUAUUAAUAUAGCUCCUGGUGAGGAUGUGGCUCAGAAAAUUAUGAUGUUUGUUCAGCAAAGCAAACAUGAGCUAUGCGUUCUCUCUGCAUCAGGCACAAUCUCUACUGCAUCCUUGCGCCAGCCAGGAGGCAACAUAUCAUAUGAGGGUCAGUACGAGAUUAUCUCACUAUCCGGAUCGUUUAUACGAGCUGAACAAGGUGGUAAAACUGGUGGCCUCAGCGUGUCCUUAUCUAGGUCUGAUGGUCAGGUCAUCGGAGGAGCUGUUGGGACUCAUUUGACAGCUGCUGGCCCGGUUCAGGUGAUUCUUGGUACGUUUCAGCUUGAUAGAAAGAAGGAUGGUGUGAAAGGGGAAGCUUCUAAUAGUGGAAGUCGUUUAACUUCCCCAUCUAGCACUGGACCUGGCCCGGGCCCUGGACCGUUGCUUGGCAUGGGUUUCCGCUCUGUUAUGGAAUCUCCGGGAAGGAAUCCAAUGAGGGGAAACGAUGAGCAUCAUCAUCAUCAUCAAGAAACCGGUAUGGGUGGAUCUCAUCAUUUCAUGAUGCAAGCGCCCCAAGGAAUGCACAUGACUCAUCCCCGGCCAUCUGAAUGGGGAGGAGGAGGAAACAGUGGUCAUGACGGUAGAGGUGGUGGUGGUGUUGGGUAUGAUUUGUCAGGACGUCUAGGACAUGAGUCGUCUGAGAAUGGAGAUUACGAGCAGCAAAUACCUGAUUAGCUUCCAGAGAUAUCGUGUAGGGUUUUAGAUCCAAAUUAGAAACCGAAGCCCCCAAGCAAGAAUCUGAAUCUGAGAGAGAUAUAUGACUUGAAAAGACUAGAAUCUUGUCUGAAGUGUUUUCAUCAGAGAUAGGAAGUUGAGUGAGAGUGAUACUUCUGUUUCUUUCUUGGUUAACGGUGUAAUAUGUAUAAACUCCACCGCCUUUUUCCCUGCUUCUCUUUCAUUUUCAUUUUCUUUUUCAUUUUCACUCUUUUCUUCUCUUAUGUUUAUAUUUUUCUUCUGGUUACAUGAAAUGAAAAUGCUCUGUUAUGAAAAUUAGUACACCUCUUUUCGAAUACACCUCUUGUGUUUUAUU